AUGUACACACCAGACGCGUAUGAAAUCGUUGCCGAGGUGAUCAGUGUCAUUUGCGUGACCAUCGUAUCGCUCCUUUUUGGACGUAAAAUUGCCAGCAUCGAACGACCCCUUUACUAUAUCCGAGGACUCUUGUUGACACUCUACACCACCAUGUGGAUUUUUGAUAUCAUUACAUGCAUGGCUAACAGCACCAACAAUGGCAACUACAUCUCUUGUGGUGUGAGCAUAUUCAACUGCAUCAUUGUUUAUACCAUCGUCAAGAUCGUGCUGUAUUUGUAUUUCAUCGAAAAGAUCUAUAUCAUCUCAGUACCCAAAGCCAGUCGUCUACGAACACCCAUGUACUUGAUCCACUUGGGUCUUUUGGUACCCUACCUUGCCUUGUUCGUGUUGCAAAUCGUGUACCGUAUUCAAAUGGUUGCCGACUCCUAUCCCUAUCAUUGUACCAUCGGCUUCCAACUCCCAGCUUCAGUCACCACGUUGGCCUACGAUAUCCUGCUUUCGCUAUUGUACACGGGAUUCUUUGUCAAAUACGCCUUUUACCCAAGCGUUGCUCAACAAACGGCCCAUCAAGCUGUAUCGCUUCGCAUCAUUGCCCAACGCAGUAUCGUAGCUACCACCAUGGCAUUGCUUGCCUCCGCUGUCAAUUAUUGUCUUCUCAUUGGAUUGGAUGGCCAAACACGUGGUUUGUUGGAAACGAGUGUCAUUUCAAUUACUGGUUCGCUCGUCGUUGUUGGUGUGCAUUGGGUGGCCAUGCAUCCUUCAGAAAUGCAAUGUACUGUCAAGGCAUCUCAACUUUCUUCAGCCGAAAAGCCCAUGAAGCUUGAAAUCAAGCAACAUCAAGAAGUCGUUGUUCUAUCUGAGCUUGCACCAUAA